AUGAGGCGGUUUAUUCAAACACAAAAAAAAUCUGUGUCACAAAAGUUGCAAGUUUCCGAGGGGAAAUUUAUUUUUUCUAGACCAGGACGAUUUAUUUGGGAAUAUCAAAAACCUUUUGAACAACGUUUGCAAAGCGAUGCAAAAAAGUUGUACAUUUUUGACCGAGAUUUAUCUCAAGUAACCGUCAAGCCAGUUGAUGCAUCUUUAGGGACGACCCCUGCAGCGAUUUUGUUUGGAAGCGACCUUAAAAAACAUUUUUCGGUGCAAAACGCACCAGCUAGUAAAACGCUCGAGAAUGCAGGUUUGGAGUGGGUCUAUCUUGUGCCGAAAGCGGCAGACACCCAGUUUAAGCAAAUUGCGCUGGCUUUUAAUCAAAAC